UACAAAUGACUGAAAGAUGUGUAUGUAUGUACCUUCAUAUGUUGAAUGAUGAUAACUGAUUUGUUGUUGACUCUUCAACAUCUGUGUAUACCAGUCAUGUUUGAGAACUGUUUAAUUAUUUAGAAGGCACUCCGCUUUUGAACACAGAAGAAUCUAAUAGAAACGUUAAAGAGUUUAAUAAUCAUAUAAAUAUAUACAAAACUUAAAAGUCUUCAUUUCCAAGUCAUAUAUUUUGUUGCUAACCGUUAAACUGUAAAUUGUUAUAGAGUUAUUUUUAGAUUGUCAUAAUACUAUGCAACUAUAUUUAACACUUUGCACACCUCUCAUCAUCAUUACUAAUGAUAACAUAUCUUUGUUUUUUCUUCUUUUGUAUGUAAAGUAGGCUACAAUUUAACUGAAUCCUAAAUAACUGAUGAUUUUUGAAAGUGAAGACAACUGGAAUGCAAAAAGCAAUAAUACAUCAAGAAAACAUUCAAUUUCAAUUUUAUCACCUACAACAUCUUCAAUUGAGUCAAUAGGGAAUAAUCCAAACAAUAAUAUUAGUAGCAGUACUAUUAAUAGAAUGACAAAUCAUUCAAAAUUUGACAAUUUAUCAUCUGAAUAUAAUCUAAGUCACAAUAGAUGGUCACCAGAACAUUUUAAUAAUAAUAAUAAUAAUAAUAAUAACAAAGCAAGUAAUUCAAAUCGAAAUACACCUAAUAAAUAUCUCACAAUUAAUCCAUAUUACAACAUGGAGGAUUCCAAUGCAUCUUCUUUGAAUGAGACAAAAAUCCAAAUUUUUAAAUCGAUCGAUAAUGAUGGUGUUGGUAGUGGUUUUACUAGUUGUACCAGUGGUAAUAUAAGUCAAAUUGGAGUUAUUUCAACUAACAUUACUAAUGAUAAUAAUAAUAAUGCUAUUGCUAAUUCAGUUACCAAUAAUACAAGCAAUAGUAAUAAUAACAAUUUUGAUAUAGAUUGUUUUCAUUAUCCAUUGCGUGAAGCGAUGAAUCAAGAUCUAAUUGAUUUACUACGAUCACAAAUAUCGAAAUUAUUAGAAGAAAAUGAAAAGCUUGUAUCAAGAAUUGACGAUUAUCGACAAAAGAUAGCAUUUAUCGAACGCGAAAAACGAGAAGCAGCAGUAGAUCCAUCCAAUGAACUUUUAACGUUACAAACGGAAUUAGGUGAAGCACGAAUGAGAGAAGCAGAACUGACCAUUUCAUUUGAAGAAUUACAGCACCGUAUUACAGCUAUAGAUCGGCUUAUAGAAACUGAUCCGGAAAUGGAGAACUUUUUUAAUGCUGUUACCAUAUCACCAACAAGUUUAUCUUUGAAGAAACAAUCUCAGAUAGUUAAUUCAAGUCAGAACAGUUCACCUGCAAAAUAUGCCAAUUAUCAAUCGACACAAAACAAUUUAUCUGAUAUGGAAGAUCAGCGAAUAUUACACGAAAUUCGUUCAUCUCCAUUUUCAACUGAAGAAAACAAUUCUCAAAAGUUAGCUUCACCAUCUAUCAAUAAGUCUAUGUACAGCCGUGUAUCCAACAGUAGUAAUAAUAAUAACAGUUACACUAGUCGAAUUUAUUCUCGUCUUCAAAAUGAACAAUACAAUAAUAAUUUUAAUAAUGAUAUUGAUAGUGAAUUUCCUCGAGGUAUUCAACAAUCAGGAUUGGAUUCACCACAAAGUGAUAGUGGUUGUAGUCUGGCUAGUCAUACAACAUCUGAUGGUAAAGAUGGAAAAGAUGUAACAAAUGCUUUUGGUCGAGUAACAGCUGGUGUAGAGAAUUAUGAUAAUUCUAAUAAUCGUUUAAAUGUUAGACGAUUAACUCAACCUCAUUAUAACUUUCAAAUUGAAGCAAACAAUAAAACGAUAUCUCCUUCUCGUCGAGACAGAAGUCGUGGUGGUGAUGAAGAUGAAGAUUUUGACUCAGAGUCAAAAAAUAAUCGUCCAAAAGGAUUUGUUUCAUUAUUACGUAGAAGUCGUAGUAGUGCCGCUGAUCAUGUUAUGAUGAAUGGAUUUCGAAGUGAACUUAACUCUCCUUGUUCAAAUGACACAAUUAAUCAUAAUCGAGCAUCCAUAGAUACUCCAACACCGACGGAAUCAGGUGCUUCGGGACCAGAACAAUAUGAGAUAUGUGGGAAUGAGAGAAAACCAGGUGAUCGUUUAAGUCGAUUGAGAGCUUCUCUGAGACAGUCAUUUGGAUGGCCUUUAUCAAAACCAGAUUUUCGAAUGGAAGCCUUUGCAGCUAGGCAAGGUGAAGCUAGAGCUUUGCUAAAACUCAGAGAAACCAGAAUGGAUGUUCUUAGAGUGCAAUCCAGAUGUCAAACAUUACAACGUCACAUUGAUCGUCUGGAAGCUAUCAAUUCAUUUCGUAUGUCUGAACUUGAGGAUGCUGUAGCUAAUGAUCGUGAACUUCGUCAAGAAAUUAGAAAUUUACAAACUCGAAUCUUUCAAUUAGAAGCUGAGCAUCGAGAGUUUAAAGUUGGUCAACGAAUUAAAGAAAUGGAAUUAAUGAGUAAAUUAGCAGAAUCCAAUAUGCGUCUAUCUCAUGCGGAAAUGUCUAAUCAACAAGCGAUCGUCUGGUCUCAAUUGAAUAAAGCACAUGAAGCGGCAGUUGAUUUAUUGACACCAGCACAUUCUCAAACAUCUUUAAUAUCACCUUGUAUGUUAACAAUGGAAUCACCAUCUACUUCACGAUAUACCAUAGCAAAUAAUAAUAAUAAUAAUAGUACUAAUAAUAAUAAUAACAACACUGGUUGUAAAGAGGAUGGUAUGGACAUUUGUCGAAGUAAAAAUAAUUUUCCAUCAAUUUCAAGAUAUGGUGAUUUAAGAAGAGAUGUAAGCGGACGGAAAACAGAUUUAAGCAAAACAACUAUAUUCACAGAGUUUACCGAUGGACAACAUAAUACAAAUUAUGAUAGUAUAAAUGAUAGACGAUUAAUGAGAUCAGAAUCAAAUUCUUCUUCAACUCAACGAAAUCAUCAUCGUCAACAUUCAUCUAAUAGCCGACAUGAUAAAUCGAUUGACUCAUUAUCAGAAUUAUGUUUAAUGCCAGAAAUUAGCAUUAUAGGAAAAUCUUCAGAUGUAAAUCGAUAA